AUGUCAUCCUUAGCUUUAGCAUAUAACGUCAUAAUUACGAUAUUAUACUGUGCUUCUCCUUCAAUACGCAGGCGGUCAAGAAGAGAGAAAAACGUACCAAAGGACGAGAAAGGAGAACUAAACAAAGAUGGUGAUAAGGAAGGUAACAAGGAUUUCAAGCGCAAAAAAGGAAAAUCUAAAGAACUGGGUGAUAAUGUUGAAAAACCAGCCGAGUCUUCUGAAUUGCAGGACGGUCACGAGCAGGUCAAACCAAGUGAAGCAAACGUAAAGAAACCGACCCAGUCCGUUGACUUGCAAGAAAAUCGUGAGCAGCUUAAGCCAAGCGAAGCAAAGAUGAAGAAAUUGGCUUCGGCUUCUGAUGUUAAAGAAAGUCGUGAACAGAGUAAAAUUUUGAAGUUUCAAAGAAAAGUGCAGAUACAAUACAAUACAGAUAAAAAAUACAAUUUGCAGCGAAGUUCGAAGUCACCAGGGCAGAGAAAGAACGCAGGUGAACAGGAAGGUGCUGAGACAGAUGAAAUACCAGCAAAGGGGUCCAAAGAUAAGCAAGAUUUGAGGUCACCAAAGCAAAGAAAGAACGCAGAUGAACAGGAAGGUGCUGAAACAGACGAGAAGCCGGCCAAAGCUUCUAAAGAUAAAGAAGGCAAAGUUGCCAAAAGUGCUAAAGUUGAGGCGGACGAUGUGAAUUUGAGAACAGCACGUGGCAGAGUGAGCUCUCCACAAGACUAA